AGUUACCUUUCUAACCUCAGGUCCCGGCCACGACAGCCUUUUACAAGACAAUUUCAUGAAGCUACCAUUCUCUCUGCAAUCCUAUGUCUCGACUCAUUUCCCGCCAGAUACUGGCUCGUAGGAGCCGCUUACGAACGUGCUGUUUUUGAGGUGUUGAUGUCUAGUCCACCGUCUCGUCAUCCACCAUGCCGUCAGAAGCAGCGCAUACAUACGGCCGCGAAUGCCGUCUAGCCCCAGUCUCCCAACUCGAGGCUGACCCUGGGUUGGACGGCAUCCCACCUCUCAAGGCCCAUUUCUUCUACUCCUCUCCCAUCCCGAUCGAUGACCCCCUCUCUACGGCCACGAUUAGCGGACCAGCCGAUCCGAGAUCGUCUAAAGGAUUACUUCGACCCUUCUCCCGAGGAGACAAUAAUGAUCUGGAGAGGGCUUGGCUUUGCUUUGCUUCUGCACGCCACAGGAGAGAGCAUGACCAUGCACGGAGGAACUGCAGCUCGAGCCUUCCUCCCAUCCAAGCGAACCUAGACAAGCUCGACAACAUUAUACAGAAGUUGGCCUCGAAGCACAAGCAGAUACAUGAUCGUGAAGGACUGGCUGUCGCCCCUGAAUUGGAGAUAAAGACUCCAGGGACGCUUCCGGAGAGCAGCAUUGCCAUAUGCUGCGCCGAACUCCUGAUUGACACCUCUGCCGAACUCAGGAAGGAGUUCUGUGCGCUCAUCCGGAAACAAGAUUGUGCCCUGGAUCAAGACAACGUCAUCCAGAGCGUUAUAACCACCCUCCAGCGGCUGAGGUCAAUUCCCGAGACGUCAGACGAAGCCCUGGUUCGCCCAGGAUCAUCAGGAACCACAGGAACCACAGACGCCGUGGAGCUGUCCGCUUCACACUCACAGCCCCACUCGUUCAAUGACCAAAAACCUGCUGCUGAGCCGAAGGCUCAGACUCGCAUGUCGGCAAUCGUGGAGAAAGAGACCACUGGACCUGCAGAUUGGUCUCAAACUCAGCUCGCGGCGGACCUCCCACGAGCUAUUCCUAUCAGACCUCCUGUCGUUGACGAUGGCAUAUCGGGCAAGCCAUUCAUUCGGGUUGGAGUAGACGACACACCACAGCCCUCGCCGGCGGCUUCUCUUUCAAAGUUCUCGGCAUCGCUAGAAGACAGGUCCUCCCCCGCGCGCGCUCGUCGAAACGAGCCAAAAGAGAAUAAACCGCAGCCGCAAACGGUGGCGACCCCUCGCUCUGACGUCUCAGAGGCGUCUGUCGAGGAGUCUGUCGACGUUGCAGUAGGCAUAUCUAGACUGCAUAUGGUCUCGCUACCAGUACUCCAAAUGAAGCCUAUAUACUGGUCCCCCGUUAACGACAUCGCUAUAGUCAUGCGAGCUACUUGGUUCUACAGAGAUGGCUUGGUGCCCGUGGAGCCCGCUGUUGCAAACCAGUUGGAGGCUGGGUAUCGGGAACUGCGGUCAUGGACUGAGACAUGGGCCGACGAACUUAGAUCGGCCGUAGAGGUUGGCGCUCUUGGGGAGGAGAAGAUAUCUCACCGCCUAUGGCCCGAGCCUUCUGGCAAGAAAUCCAAGGCGACUGACGAGACGACUCAUGUGCCGGCCAUAUCCAGUGACCCGUUCUGCGCUGCGAGGUGUUUUAAGGGAGAAGCUGCUGCCGUCGGCACGCUAGAAGCGGUUCAUUCAGAUGACAAGUCCGCAGGAUCUAGUGCUGAGACGAGGAGUUACGCCAACUACCAUGUCAUCUACAAGGACCAGGAUUCUGCCUUUUUGUUGAAGCCGAGCCUCAAGCCGUCCGCUUAUUAUGGGCGCAGGCCUGUCGCCAAAGUCAUGAAAGGCAUAACGGUCGGCAUCCCGGUCGUUAGAGGCUUCGAUUGGCUUUCUUGGCAGCGCUUGAAUGAGAAGAGGCAGUCAACAGGCCCGAAACCCCACCGUCUCGGUCGCGAUGGCGAAGGCAUCCGUCCCAGUCAACCGAACGGCUGUCCCGGGUGUCAAGCGGACAGGGAUCGCGGCCAGGUCACUGAUCUCGUCCUCGUCGCGCAUGGUAUCGGCCAGAAGUUCGCCGAGAGGGUCGAAAGCUUCCACUUCACUCACGCCAUCAAUGCCUUCCGCACAGCGGUCAAUAUCGAGCUUCAGACCGAUGCGGUGAAGUCGGUCCUGCGUGAGGAACAGCAUGGGAUCAUGGUCCUUCCGGUCAACUGGCGCCACGUUCUCUCUUUGGAAGAUGGAGGGCCCCCGAAGGCAGAGGACAAGGAUUCAUAUUCACCGGAUAAGUUCAGUCUUAAAGAUAUCGAGCCAGGCACCAUCCCUGCAGUGCGGAGCAUGAUAUCAGACGUCAUGUUUGACAUCCCUUUCUACAUGUCCCACCACAAGCCGAAGAUGAUAGCGGCUCUUGUCGGGGAGGCGAACCGCGUGUACCGCCUCUGGUGCCAGAACAACCCGGGGUUUCCCCAGAACGGUCGGGUCCACCUGAUUGCCCACUCUCUGGGCAGCGUGAUGGCGAUCGAGGUUCUCUCGAAGCAGCCCACCAGCUUGCCUCGCCUGCAUCUAACCCCGCAGAGGAUACCGGCGACCGACCACUUUGAGUUUGACACGACAAACCUGUUCUUUCUUGGAAGUCCGGCAGGCUUCUUCCUCCUGCUCGAGAGGGGAUGUCUGGUACCCCGGCGCGGACGAGUGAAACCGGGUGCUGACCCGAGUGAUGCCAUUGCUCAGGAUGUGGUUGGAGAAGUGGGCACGUUUGGUUGCCUCGCGGUGGACAACAUCUACAACAUCCUAGCAAGAGAAGACCCCAUCGCCUACCUCCUCAACGGCACCAUUGACCCAAAGUAUGCAUCAAGCCUCAGGGUCGCAUAUGUUCCCAGCGCAACCACGUCAUUUAUCAAGUCGGUUGGUGAUGCGAUGCGAGCCAUGGUCGGGGUUCCCGCGGCCCCGACCGUGCCGGUACCGACCAAGAACCCGCCCACGAGCAGCCUGCCGUCACAGCUCGAGUUGGAGGUGCACGACUUUACGCGCGAAGAGAUGAGCGAGAGGAAGGCUUACCUCCUCAACGACAACGGCCAAAUCGAUUACUACCUGCGGUCCGGCGGCGGGCCCCUGGAGAUACAGUACCUCAACAUGCUGAGCGCUCACACCAGCUAUUGGGUCAACCAGGACCUCAUCCGCUUGCUAUGCGUGGAGAUUGGCCGGAAGCCAGGAAGAUCUAGCACCCUUCCCGAGAUGAGAGCGAUCAAGGCAGCAAAACGCCAGAUCCCGGGCGUAAAGUAAACAAAGAAAGGGUGGUUGUCAGUCGGCAGAGAGAGAGCAAGCAAGCAGUCAGUCGAUGCUCACAUUUAGCUGCUCGUGGAGAGGGAGAGACGGGGAAGAAGAGGGAGCGAGCCGGGAUUCCGGCCCAUGCAUUGUAUAGCAGUAGAAGAGCGUCUUUCUUUUUAGCCUGCUCAUUAUCUAUUGGUAGAGGUGGCGUUUUUGUACGGAGUACAUGUGAGAUAUACCCCCUCCAGGGUGGAACAGCCCGGUGUGAAUCUUAAUUUCCAUCCAGAGCCAUUAGAUCCUGUUCGUCUUCGUCAUCCAUCCCGUAAUCGCUGUGAUCCCCUCCGCCAGCGUUCGUUUCCACGCCUUGCAUUGGCUCGACGUUCUUCUGCGCCUGCA